AUGGAGAAGAAGCAACUGCUGCAGGGACCGGACGAAGGGAGCUUCUACCCCGUUCACCAAACCAACCUGCACGCUGGAAGUGUGAACAAGGAAGACGAUGAAGUGGCAAAUGCGCAUGGUACGAUGCAGUCGAAUGAAGGGGUAGAGAAGACAAACAAGUUGCUCCUUUCCGAAUGCAAAAUUGUGGACUUGCACACAUCGGGGGGUCCAGGAGGGCUGAUCGAUGCGAGUGACAUAAUGGGUGAGAAGGAGGUGUUUUUUCUGGACAGCGCGGCCACCUGCGCUGGAAGAAGUGCCUACGAGGGGGGCAGCGAUCGGGACCAUGGCUACCCCGUGGGUACCAUUCCGGCAGACACAAGUGUGAAAGAUGAUCAGCGAAGCGACCAUAAUGAGUCAACCUCUAAUGAGUCCACCCAUAAUACCUGUACCGCUAAUGAGUCGACCCCAAAUGCUUCUACCGCUAAUGAUUCUACCCCUAACUGUAGCAACAUCAAAGGGGACUGUUACGUAAGGGCUGGCGAGUCCAAUUACCUGAGCAGUUCAGGCGAGGCAGUGACGAACAUCACGAUGGUAGUCCCCCCCAAGCACAAAGCUAGCAAUUGUUUCUAUUAUGAGAACGACGAAGAUGGUAAAGAAAAAAAUGUAUCUCAUCACGUUGCAGAUGUGGUGCCCGAUAAAACCAUCUGGUCUGCAAAUUUGAGAACCACAAAUGGAGUGAACAGUGGGAAUUGCAACAUCGAGGGGAUGAAUCUAUGUAGUGAAAACAGCUAUAUGAAAGGAGAGUGCGACAUGGAUGAACCAGAUAGAGGUGUCUUAUCUAUCUCUUCAAGUGUCGACGCCGAAAUGUUUUUUAAUAACGAUUGCGUAAGAGAUCAUUUUUCUUUUAACAUGUCAAGUGUGACCUCAUGUGGUAACCACUUCAAGGAUCAGGAUAAGUCUACGAACCUGUCUUGUGCUCCCAACGAGGUGAAAAAGAACCGUUUUAUCCAUUCGGGGCAGUCUAAUGGUGAGGAGGGGGACCUCCACUUUGUUGAGAGGGGAAAGUUGUCCCAGCGAGACGGCGUAGAGGAUUACAAAAGAGUUCAUAGAAACGGAGUGACCGAGAGUGCCACUCGAGGUGGCAGUCGUGAUGCCAGUCUUGUCAGUGGACAGGUCACUAAGUUUUCCAACUCGGAGAAAAACGAGACAAAUGUGAUGUUCGUUCAUGGAGGAGAUCUUAUUGAUACACACGGGGAGGGGAUGGGUACGGAAAGGUCCCUCCCAAAUGAUGAGCAUUCAAAUCAGCCACCCCCCGCGAAACAUGUUGGAGAGAAGCUCCCCUCUGGCGAUAAGCGCGUGCAGAUGAUUACCCGAAGGGAGAGCAGUGAUCACCAAGGAGGAGUCCACAGCGAGGGCAACCACAACCGCGACUACAACUGCGGCUACCGCCACGAUGACGACUGCAAUGACAACUACAGCAACAUUCGCAAUCGUGGCUUCCAUUUCGGAGAAGCGCAUGGGCAUCGGUUCUCGCAGGGAUCAAACAACGGAUCGGCUGCCAACCAACACCACACACAAAGUAGAAGCGAUAGGAGUGCACCACCCCUGGCCGACUACAGAUAUGUGAGCCUCGAUAAUUUAAGUAAAAACAAAAAAGAACACAUCAUCCAUAGCUUCCCCUUCAGUACAUACGAUCCCAAUUGGGGGAUCGACAGACAGAAAGUCGAUAUGUGUGACGAAGAGGAAGACACCUUUCUAAAUUACCACUGCAUGGACUUCCAUGGGGGAAGGAAACUUAUCGGAAUGGCUAAUCACGCAUCGUGCUGUACGUCCGUAGGAGACCAUCCGGAUGGCAAACCCUUCGACGGGGCCGAAAGGUAUGACGUCAAAAGUAUAGCUCGUAGGAGCGCAUGUCGGGAUGGUGAAAACGGUAAUGUGUUUCCGGAUGGCGAGAUUAACAGCACAUCGCAUGGCCGGGUUAACAACACAGCGCAUGGCGGAAUAUACACUGGGAGGGAAGGAAAGGAGAGCCAUCUCGCACAAGGCAAUAAACACAUGUCCGUCCUAAGAACAGAUGAACAAACCGACAGUAGCAGAAAUGUACCGUUUAGCAGUGGUAAGAUGCAGCUUAAUGAGUACAACUGUGUGAGGAAUGUAAGGGGGACAAAUUGUUCCGAUCAUUUCAGCAGUUUGGUAAAGAAUGACGAGGAAGAGUCCUUCAGUGUGGUGGCAUCACCUGUGGGUAACUCAGCUCAGAAUGACUCCUAUGAGGGGGACGAUCUGAUGUUCACAAAGGGGCAGUUGGAGGAGACGGUGCAAUUGGAAGAGGCGCCGUACUUAAAAUUCGAAGGGCAGUUAGAAGACGCGGCACACUUAGACUUUGAAGGACAAUUCGAGAACGAUUUCUUUUUUGAUGAGGUCCUGAGCGGAAUUGGCCCCGGUGCAGCAGGAGAAGCGAAUGUGUGUACCACGAAUGGCACGAUGGGCGGUGAAGACUGCCAAAGGGACUGCCAAAGGGACUGCGAAGAAGACUGUUCAGAAGACAGUCGCCAACAUCACGGUGACCACUUCGAAAGUUACUCCCACAAGGAACAUGACGACUGUCACGUAAUAUACAGCAACAGCGGAACAACCAAUGUGAAUUGCAAUUCCCUGGAAAGCAACCAAUUGGUUAAGUCCAACGACGCAUCGAACGUGAUGAUAGGAAAUGGGAUCUUUAAGGACAGCACACGGAUGGCACUGACGGGAAGAGGGGAAGAAGGGAAAGAAGUAGAAGAAGACGAAAAAGACAGAGAAGGCCACGAUGGAGUGUCCCAUGACUCAUGCAACGACCGCCUCCUGGACGAUGACUUUAACUUAUUCUUUCGUAGUAACCAACUCAGCGUUGGAAAUGUCUGUUCUUCCGAUAGGAUUCUUCCAGAUGGGGUUGCAGAGGGCGACGGAAACAAUGGGACUCAUUUCUAUCCGGACGAAAAAGGCAGAGGUGAUAAAGCCGAUGACGACCGGGAAGACGUCGUGAGGAACUUACUCUACAGUGAUUCCUACCUGCACAUGGACCCCCUGGAGUGUCUAACCAAGGAAGAACCCUCCAACAGCGGAGCAGAGCCAGUUUUUCCUCCCAACUCCUACAGCACCUUUGCAGGGGAAAGUGGAGUCAACGAUUCUUUCAUGGCAUACAUAAAAGGGUUUCUGAAGAAUAACUACCUUAAUGACCACAAGGACUACAUGGAGCUGUAUUACCAGACGGAGGGAGACGGAGGUGCGCGGGGGGCAGCAGACCCGCAGGAGCAAGAGGAUCAGGAGGGGGGCGGAGCGGAAUCGUCAGCAGCAGAGGUAGCGCUAGAAGAAGCCGCAGCAGAAGGAGACGCCUCCAUGACCGUAGAACCAAAUGAUCCCCAUCACACAGAUCGAUCCAAUCGGGUAGGCCUCCAAACUGGCCUGGUGAAGAACUUGCUCAGCUGCAAAGACGUCAGCGUGGACGCCCCCACGGGUUGUCAGAUGGAUUCUCAGAUGGAUUCACACAUGGAUUCGCACAUGGACUCUCACAUGGAUUCUCACAUGGAUUCUCACAUGGAUUCUCACAUGGAUUCACACAUGGACUCUCACAUGGACUCUCACAUGGACUCUCACAUGGACUCUCACAUGGACUCUCACAUGGACUCCCACAUGGACUCUCACAUAGACUCCCACUUGGACUCUCACAUAGACUCCCACUUGGACUCUCAGAUUGGCUCUCACAUGGGUGGUGACUUCAGAUUCGAUGUGGAGCCCCAGAACGACGGCAGCAAGGGUGCCCUGGGGGGAGGAAUUCCUCCCUUCGACGAAGAUAAGAUGAAUAGCAUGAAAGAGCAAGACGAGGGGGACUACCACUUAGGCAACUUCGCCUGUGAUUCCUGCGUAAGUCACGUCUUCAACUCUUUGGACCAGGAGGACAAGAUACACAACACGCAACAGAUGCAGAUGAAGCACGAGACGAACCAAACGCUUAAUGAUGCCCUUACCUCCCAUCCCAGAGGUCGCCUUAAUACCCAUUACGACGUCGCAGACAUUUCUGUGGAGCCGAUGGAGCCACUGGCCUACUCCAAUGUCUACAAUUGGGUUCAGGAGGUUGACAAUGACAUGGAAGGUGAUAACGGUGAAGUCAACACCAAGGUUAGCGUACUGUCCAGUGAGAAGUACUAUCAGGGAAGGCGAGUCGGUGACAUGGGUCGCUCGCAAGGAGGAGGCGCGCCCUCGAAGGAGGUGAAUGUGAGAAGCGCGGCCAGUAGCACCAACAGGGGUAGCAAUCCCAACAUGGAUAACAUUGCCAAUAAGACCAAUAAUGCUAACCCGCGCGAGGAAAAACGUGAGUAUCGCGAGGACGAAGGAAACGCUGCCCCGCGCGAAGGAGAAAACUGGGUCAUGGGUCCCGGGACCCACUACACGGACAGAACGAAUCGAUUAACAGGCGUGGACUACAGAGAGGAGAGAAGCGACGUCCGAGGUGAUGCAAGGUGUGAUGUCCGAAGUGAUCCCAGGUGUGACGUUCGAGUAAACCAGUUUAAGGAUAAGACCAACAACGGAGGCACCUGCUCAAAAGGAGAUAACGUGUACUGCCGGCAACAUCCCCCCUUCCUCAAUUCUGCCACGUUGAAGAAAAAAGAGGAAAACGAUUCCCUUUCGUCGUACGAAAAGAGAAGAUCCAUGCACAGGGUGAAGAAUCAGAACUGCGGGGAGGUGUGUUACACAAGUGAUCCUUAUAACGCAGCUCCGAUGGCGGAGUGCCUACCAUACAGUGACAACUUCACACCUUACCUUCCGAAUCAGCGAUAUGCAGAGAAAAUGAACACCAUGGAUGACAACAUUAAGGCGAACAAAGGCAUGUGCAGCCCUCCAGAUUUUUAUAUAGAACCACGUGGGGUCUAUUCCAUGCAUAGCUGCUACGAUGCAGACACUUCGUCUGUUGGACUAAGAAACCAUCUAAAGGGAAACAAAGCAGAUGGGAAGAAUCCGCAUGGAGUUUUUCGUGGGAAAGUGUCGCCAAAUAACCGAGGACGAGUACUAAAUGGUAGCAACAUGCCUGAUGUGCUGAGUACCCCCUCCCUGGGAACAACAAUGAAUUGGAACAACAUAAACCUCUACAUGGCCAAUGUGAGGGGCUCCGCAGAGACGGCGGCGUCAUCGGGGGUGACUACUGCGUCGGUGGCUCCAACUCGGAACCACGUGAAUGAUAAAAUGAUGAAGUUUAUUGUUAGUGGAAAUGGGAAGGAGAAGGCCGCCCUGAAGUCGCACAGCGAUUGGGUCAAAUUCCAGGGGCUCUGUGACACCCCCAGCAUAGCGAACGUGGCGAAUGGAGCCAUCCCGUGCGGCAGCUCCUUUGGGGGCAUGCUACCCUCGGACGGGGAACACCAUGAUGAUAGCAACAGCCUCCAAAAGGAGAGCAGUCAAGAUGGCGGCCACAUCCCAUUUGAAAACGAAGCCUUUAAUAGCCUCGCCAAUUGCGUUAGCAUCACGGACAACUACAGCAGCACAAGUUUACCCCUCGAUGAAAAUAACUACGCGAUGAUGAACUUGUCCAAGGGGGGGUUUGGUACCAUCCCAAGGAAGAAGGAGACAGACCAUAAUACAAAGAUGUUCGGCCUGAUGAAGGGAUCAAACAGAUGCAAAAAACCAUUUGGUGAAUCCAGUUUUAUCAGGAAAGGUGGCUCCAUGGAGGAGAAGGCGUACGGCGGCAUGGAUGGCGGCUUCGAUAACAGCUUCGAUGGCAGAUUCGAUAACGGCUUGUACAGCAGGAGGUUCCAGAGCGAAUAUCACUACAGUGCGAGUUGUGCCCCCGACCCGAUGGACUACGGCGUCAGCGCUGUUGGAGGCCACGGGUUCAACUCGCUGCAGUUCGUCACCUACCAGAAUGGGGCGAAAGGGGACAGGGAAAGCAAAGGUCACCAUGUGCAUUUGGGAACGCCCCUCGGGAUGACUAUGGGCACGCCGCUCAGCAGCAGUAUGAAGCAUCACCCCCAUGUGUCAUCCCACCAUCAAGCCGUCCGAAAUUCCAGUGACCUACAGGGGAGCAAGUACAUCAACGACAAUGUCGGUCCCGUAGGCGAUUUCGGUGGCGGUGUGAUCGGCGGACUGAUCAGUGGAGUGACCUCCCCUAACAGCUUUGGCAAUGCAACCCUAAUGAACAACGGGCAUAUGGAUUACAGCUUCCCCAACAAGGGGAACGCCACCUCCCGAUGCAUAUCAGACGGCGCAACACUGGAGGCACAUAAUCUAAACAACCAAACGAUGAAAUUCGAUAAUGUCCUCUUGUCUAGCUACUUCAGCAACGGAUCUCCCAUGAUGGAGAAGAGCGGUGUGAUUUACAAGAACAAAAUGAGUAGCGAUGACCGGAGCUGCAACUUCGUGGAAAAGAUAAAGGCGUAUGAAAAAAUGAAGUCUGAUUCGAAGGUGCAGAAUGGGAGCUUUGCAUACGACGGUGGGAAGGGGAAGGACCAGGCGGGAGCCCCUCACAAGGGAGCCAACACCGGGGGGGAUAGCUGUGGAAGCGGCAUUAUUGGCAGCGGGGCGAGCAUACAUACGAGCGUUCAUGCAGGUGGUCACGCGAAUGUCCACGCGAAUGUCCACGCGAGUAGAGCCAGCAGCGCUAACGGAGAGGGACACCCCAAGAACAACGGCGCCCUGCACUACGACGAGAAGGAAAAGAUGCUGCCAAAGGAGGCAACAACAUUUGCAGACAAGCUAUGCGCUCUUAAUGGAAAACAUAUCAACAACAUAAAGAACAGUUACCACUUAGCUAAUGAGUCUCUUUCCUCGGACAACUUCCCUGUUAUUAAAAAAUACACAGCCAAGUACGAGGUGCAGAUUGAUCCCUUCAACGGGUUCGACAUAGCGAAGCGAAUUAUCGGACUUAAGGGAACAAACAUGAAGAAGAUAUGCAUCGAUACGGAUUGCAAGUUAAGGUUAAGAGGUAGGGGUUCAGGUUACUUAGAAGGGGAAGAGAAAAAAGAAGCCAAUGAAUCGCUUCACCUCUGUGUGUCCUGCCAAAAAUACGACCACUAUAUACUAGCGAAGAAGCUCAUAGAGCAGCUCCUCAUUAAGAUUUAUAUGGAUUAUGACACAUGGCUGUAUAAUCACGGCAGACCCUACGCUAAUUUGAAGCCGAAGACGUAUGAGAAGUUUAUUCCCCUCUUUAAGUUCCAUCAGGGCGGCAACGCAAAGCAGCAAAAUGUGCACCAGAACUGA